UUGUUUGGCCUCCAUUACGUUUUGCAAAAUGAAUCGACAACAACGCAUAUAUUAUUCUGUGCUUAUUGUAGUAGUAUCGACAAGAUUUUGCUAUGCAGGCAGGACUUUUCAGCCAAGUGGCUUCUAUGUAGAAGUGGGCCAAAGUUACUCAUGGUGGGAUGGCAUAAUGGAAUGUGCACGUCGCAAUAUGUCUCUGCUGACAUUGGAUUCCUCCGAAAUUGCAGAUACACUAAGCAGUGUUAUCCAUGACCAGGGAAAAUUUGAUAAUCCUAUUUUGUGGUUGGGCGCCAGUUCACAUGCCACUAAAGGCGUCUACGAAUGUAUAUCGACAGGUGCUUCUUUUAAAUUGAGUGGAGAUGAUCGUCAAAACAAAUGCAUUGUCUUUGAUCUCACUGGCAAGGGCAAAAAGGGUAUCGAUUGCACCGAGACCCAUGGAUAUGUGUGUGAGCCUAAUCGUCACUUGCUAGAGGCCAAGAAGGAGUUGGAAGAUUACAAAGUAUCCUUCUAUGCCAAAAAACAAAUACUUGCCGAUUUGAAAAAUUCUCCACAACAACUGGUGGAUAAGGACAAUCAAUUGGAAGAAUUGAGGAAGAUGGUGAAAAUGAGCGAAGACAAUCUUAAAGAUGUUGGAGAACGUAAUAAGACCUAUGAACGUUUGAUUAAGAAGCUGGAUAGUCUACAAAAAGAUUUGGUGGUGCUGCGUAGUACCAAUGCCAAUCACUUGGAGAAAGUAAAGUAUAAGCGCAAAGAGCUCAAUGAAAUGAAGAAGAACCACGAUAACCAGAUAGCCAAAAACUGCAAGGACACAUGGCAAUUGAUGAUUCAAUUGAAAAAGGCACUUGAAGUACAAAUGAAUAUAACAACAAAGAUGUAAAAGCAAAUAGAAGGGGAAAAUUUAAAACUAAAAUUGUAUUAUCUAUUAUAUAAAAUCUGAAAAUCCUAUAUAUAAAAAAUCAA